GUUGGAAUAAUCUUAAAUUUAGUUAUUAAUUAUUUGGUUCAUUUAUUCAUUAAUUAUUUAUUUGUUAUCAUUUGAAUAAGUCUUAGAGUAGUGGAGACAUUCUAGGAGAUAAUUGUUAUGUUUUGAAUUGGUUGUAAUGUUCGUGGGUGUGUUGCUGAUUUGUAGCUUCCACUCCUGUUGGCUUGGUCUUUAUAUUCAACGUGUUGUGUUCUUGUGAUGUACCACAGAACCAACCAUUUUCUUAGUUUCUAAAAUACAACAAAAGAGCUUGGCUCAAUUCGUGUGUUUUAUAAUUUGUUGUGGUCAGUUCUAAUCCAACAUUUGGUAUCAGAGCCUAGAUCUAAAGAGCUUGUGAUAUUCAAUGGCAUCAAACAACUUCUCCAUCUCUAUUCCAUUGUUCAAAGGUGAUAACUAUCUUUCAUGGGCUAUCAAAAUGAAAGCAUACAUGAAAGCUAUUAGUUUAUGGGAUGUCAUUGAGAGUGACAGUGAGCCUACUCCUCUUCCAGGAAAUCCAACAGCAGCCCAAAUCAAGAAACAUGAAGAAGAAAUGGCACGAAAGCCAAAGGCACUUUCAUGUAUCCAUGCAGCGGUGUCCGAGGAGAUUUUCACAACAAUCAUGGGUUGUGAGUGUCCUAAAGAAGCAUGGGAGAAAAUCAAAGAGGAGUUCGAAGGCAACCAACAAACCAAACUCAUGCAAAUUCUCAACCUCAAAAGGGAGUUUGAGAUGAUGGGGAUGAAAAGUAACGAAGGUGUCAAAGAAUAUGGGAAUAGGUUGAUGUCCAUUGUCAAUCAAAUCAAAUUACUUGGUGGAGAUUUUUCAAGUCAAAGAGUUGUGGACAAGCUUCUGGUAACUCUUCCGGAGAGAUAUGAGACUAAGAUCUCUUCACUUGAAGAUACUAAAGAUCUCUCAAAAUUAACCGUCUUAGAAUUAAUCAAUUCUCUCCAUGCCGUUGACCAAAGGAGAUCAAUGAGGGAAGAAGAAAAUGGAGGAAAAAAUGAAGGACUCUUGUUAGCUAAAUCCUCAUUCUCAAAAGGAACUGGCAACAAAAUUCAAUGCAACCAUUGUCAUAAGGUUGGUCAUGAAGAAAAGGAUUGUUGGCAUAAAGGAAAGCCACAAUGCUUCAAAUGCAAAAGGUUUGGUCAUCUAGCAAAGAAUUGUAGAUUCCAAACAGAUGAAGAAGUCUUGGCAAAUUUGGUCGAGGGAGAACCUCUCCUUUAAAAUUAUGGGUGAUUAUGUGCACCAUGGGGAGAAGUGCUCCAAAGUGUUUAUUUGGAUGAGACGUGCAUCAAAGUUUGGUGGUGGUGAGAAGUGCAUCACAGAUGAAGAGAAGUGCUUCGUAAAUUUAAGAUUAUGGGGGAGAUUGUUGGAAUAAUCUUAAAUUUAGUUAUUAAUUAUUUGGUUCAUUUAUUCAUUAAUUAUUUAUUUGUUAUCAUUUGAAUAAGUCUUAGAGUAGUGGAGACAUUCUAGGAGAUAAUUGUUAUGUUUUGAAUUGGUUGUAAUGUUCGUGGGUGUGUUGCUGAUUUGUAGCUUCCACUCCUGUUGGCUUGGUCUUUAUAUUCAACGUGUUGUGUUCUUGUGAUGUACCACAGAACCAACCAUUUUCUUAGUUUCUAA